GAUGGGGGUGACGGGGAGACGCAAGCGCUUGCGCACUAGCGUGGCCGCUCCCGGCCGCGUGCGGACAGAAUGUCUGCGCAAGCGCCAAGGCACGGGCGGUUAGCUGGCUCGCUACAGCGCAUGAGUGCCCACUAGAGGGUGGGAGCUGGGGUUGAGGCUUUGGAUUAAUGCUGUAGGCACCAUACCUGUUGCUGUUGAGAUGGAGCAACACACUUGUAACACUACUAAGGAAAAAGCCAAAGAGGAAGAUAACGUUGUGUGUCUUUGUCGAGCAAAACCCUCCCCCAGUUACAUUAAUCUUCAAGCAAAUUCAACGCCAGCUACUUUCUUGAACAUCCAGACAACAAAGCUGCCUUCAGGAGCUGGUCAGAAGCCCAAGGAAUGCCUAGGACUACUCGAAUGCAUGUAUGCCAACCUCCAGCUCCAGACUCAGCUUGCUCAACGACAGAUGGCUAUUUUGGAAAACUUGCAGGCAUCCCUCUCACAGCUGGGUUCUGGGAGGGAGAGCAAGAACUGUUCUCUCCCGGGCUUAUGUUGCAAUCUGUUAUUAGAUCACCUGCCCCAAUUUCAUAAAUGAACUGGGGAACAAA